UGUCAUUUAACCAGAUCAUGAAAUUUUGUGAUUGAAAAAAUUUUUAAUUAAAAAUUGAACAACAAUCAAAAGUUAUGGCAACAGAGGAAAGUUGUGUCAACAAAGAAGAAUUUUACAAAAAAUUGGGAGAAUUUUAUCGUAAAAAACCCGGCAAAAAACCAUAUACAAGAAGUGAACAAGAAAAAAUUAAAUUAGAAAUUGAGACAGCAAAAUCAAAAAAAGGCCAAAAAGAACGUCGUGAAUAUUUCUUGCUACACACCUACGACGUGUACGAAAGAGAUGGAAAUUCAUUUUUAAUAAAAAAGAAACUUAAAUUACAAAAAACGAUUUACGUAAUAUGUUACGAAGAUUUGUACGAUCGUUUAUACGAAACUCAUGUCAGGAUCACAAAUCACGCUCGUCUCGAUAAAAUGCGUAAAUAUAUCAACUCUCGAAUGUCAAUUCCACGACCGGCACUCAAUAUAUUUCUAAAAUGUUGUAAAGCUUGUGAUAUCAUUAAAGAAACUCAUCAGCCAAAGGUAAAAGUAAUCCAACCAUUAAAAUAUACUCGUGGACAAAUCGAUUUAAUCGAUUUCCAAUCGUUACCCGAUCACGAAUAUAAGUGGAUACUUUUAUACAAAGACAUUAAAACAAAUUUUAUAUUUUUACGGCCAUUACAAACGAAACGUGCCUCAGAAACUGCAAUUGAAUUGUUAAAAAUAUUCUUAGAAACUGGUGCACCGAACAUUUUACAAUCAUCUAAUGGACCUGAAUUUGUGGAACAAAUUAUUGAGGAAUUACGUAGUUUAUGGCCGGAAUGCGUGCAAGUACGCGCUCGUCGCACACUUCAAAUUGAACGUAGUGAAAAAAAUAUCGAAGAGUUAUUACGCGCGUGGAUAGCGCAGCAUAAAUUAAUGCGUUGGUCUCUGGGUUUAUAUUACGUGCAAUGGCAAAAAAAUACCAAUUUUACUGAAAAUUCAAAUAAAUGCGCGUAUAAAGCGUUGUUUGGUUGUGAACCUAAAGCUGGUUUUGGUUCGGAUAAUUUACCACAAUCGAUUUUAACGAAAAUCAAUGAAGAGGAUGAUUUACAUUUGUUAAAUUUACAUAGUAAUAAUGACGGGAAUAGUGCGGAAAUUUCUGGAAAUAAUUAUUAUGAGCAUCAAUCAAUAAUAGUUGAAAAUGUAUCCCGUGAAUUCCCUGUUUCUCGGGAAUUUUCUGAAGAUAAUUAUUAUGAAAAUAAUAGUCAACCACUGGCCAGCCAUAUGUUGAUUGGCCAUAUUUCCCGAUAAUUGUUAAGUUCCCGAUGUGGGCAAAGAAGUUUUAAAUAUUCACCAAAAAAGAUGGUUUUCAUCCUGGACAAUCCUAGCUACCUUGAUACGGUACAAUAAUGCGAGAUUUUCUUAAGCUUGACUUCGUUGCGAGAGUUUUGUAAGUUUGUCAAAUUCUGGGGAGUAUGAAAACGAUGUGGACUAAGAUUUUCUUUGAAUUCGGAGCAAAUUAUACCUUUUAAUUUCCUGUCAGUCUACAUGGCAGAGUAAAUGAGAGUAGAUUGCGAUUAUCCAGCUUCUAUGGACUAUGAAUAAGACGUGGAUUCAGGGGGGAAGAAAAUAUUUUAAAUGUUAUACUAAUUUGGAGAACAUGAGACUGUAACCGAAGUACAGAAUAAGCUCAUAAAGACGAUGGUAAAAGUUAUUUACCAAUUUUGGAUCUGAGCCCUAAUUUGGGCGCUAUAGAUAUGACAAAUAUUGAUAAAUUUGUACAUUCACUGAAUACCAUUCGAUAACUAGUUCAUUUCCGGUUGCCUGUCCGUUCGCCGACACGAUAACUCAAAACCGAAAUAUCAAGCUGAAAUUUAUUAUAGCGUGCUCAGGACGUAAAACGUGAGUUCGAGUUCGUAAAUGAGCAACAUAGGUCAAUUAGGUCCGUAGGGCUCAACUUGUCAACCAUUAAAGAUAGACUCUGAAUUCAGCCAACAGCAAUGGAUAAAAAUAUGUAAAGAAAAUUAUGUUUCGCAA